GGUGUUGCUAUCAUUUUCAUACAGUACAGAAAGAUCUUCGGUUUUCUGUAACUUUUCAAACGUGUGCGCCUGAGCUGAACGUCACUCAAGGCAGUCAAAAUCUUAUGUAAAAAUAGAAAGCAUAUAAAAAUCUCAUUCGACAAUUGAUUUUCUCUUCAUUUACAAUGCAAUCAAUUAGAAAAAUAUUUCCCAGAUCUGUCGUGAUAACCUCCAGGAACUUUCAAACCUCAUCAUGUGUAUGGAAAUCGUUUAAAGUUCAGGAUGAUCAAGACUUUUUAGAGAAAGUGGAAAACAGCAAGAAACCAGUAAUUGUUGACUUUUUUGCGACCUGGUGCGGGCCAUGUAGAGCGUUAGAACCUAGGUUAGAAAAUGUUGUUGCCAAACGUAGUGAUAAAAUAACUUUAGCUAAAGUUGAUGUGGAUUCUUUGGGAGAGUUGGCUGCAAAAUACGAGGUUGCUACUAUCCCUGCAUUGGUGAUUUUCAAAAAUGGUAAAGUAGAGAGUAGGCUAGUUGGUCUACAAGAUGAAGACAAAUUGGGUAACUGGUUAGAUGCUAAUUUAGAGGAAAAGUAAUUCAUUAAUGUACCUACAUAUUUAGAAUUAAAAAGAUGAAGGUAUUUUCAAAUUGUGAUCAAAGUUGUUCUUAAAGAUUGAUAAGAUUGCCCUAGUCAACACAUUUUUGAAAAUAUUCCUAUCUUUGAUAAAACUUGUUUUUGUUACGUUUGUGUUAGUAAUUUUUCCUUUGUCUUGUUUCUAUAUUUAGAAAAUAUUCUGUUUGAAAAUUGUAAGAGAAAUGACAAAAUUUAGUCUACAAGUCUGAAAAAAUUAUUUAGGCUGAAUGAAUAUUUUGAUUUUGACAAUAAGAUUGAACUUAUUUAUGAGUUAUAUUGAGUUGAGGAAAUAAUUCAUAUAAUUUUAUCUAACUAAGUUGCAUUAAGUAAUUUUAAUUAUUCAAUCUGGAUUGGAUACUGAAGGGAAGAUUUUUCAUUAUAUUCCAAGUUUAUGAUUUGAAGUAGACAAUUAUGUUCCAAUUUAUUUUGCUUUUUAUCUUGUAAAUUAGUGUUGCAAAGUAUAUUUGUGAAUCAUUAUACAUAUAUUGUUAUAAUUUAUUCCUGCUCAGUCAUACUGUGAAAAAUCUUGAAACUAAACAACUAAAAGGUUAUGUUUUUUGCAAUUGGAUAUGGAACUCUUUUAAACAGAUAUAUGACUUAGAGUAACACUCAAACUGAUAGGACUAAAGUUGAUCUGAAUUUAAUUAAUUUUGUUAAUUACUUAGAAAAUGGAACAUAAUCGAUAAGAAUAGCAUCUCCCUAACUUAUCAUUUUAUGUCAUUUUGCUUUGUUGUAUAAAUGUUGCACAAACCAUUGCUAGUACCUUAUAGGAUCAAAGUUAAUCAACUUGUUUUUUAGUGGUAUAUUCAAUUUUCAUACGCCUCUUAUCUAAUAAUGAAAAAUAUGUUCGAAUUAUUGAUUAAAGUGUUCAUUCAUUCAAGAUUCAUUAAACUGAAUAAAAGAACUUUCUGGAAUUAAGUGACCUAAAUAUAAAUUGAUGAUUCUAUUUGUUCUACACUAUUAACCACAAAUAUAAUAUAUACAAUUGUU